ACUCAGCCAAGAGCUGCGGCUCUUCACACUCCAUUCUCCUGAUUCUUGAAUUAGUCUAAACUCUGACAUAUCAAUCCUCCAUUCUCCUUUUCUUCACUGCUUGUGACCUGAAAACUGGCCUUGAGUGGUGUCAGGAGGCCUUUGAGUGUGAGCUCAUCCAGUCUGGCUGUCUCACCUUUUAAAAACUUAAUUUUUAAAAACAUGUUGGAUUCAGCUUCUCUCUCUUUAGACAGCUUGGAGCAUGUUUAUAUAGUUUCCCACAGUGAGUGGGCUACAGUGAUUGAAGUUCUUUCUUCCACAGCUGAGAACAUCCACAUGUGACUAUUGUUCCAUCAGACUAACCAAACCUUUAAAAUACAGACUGAAAUGCAACAAGUCAGGAGUAUUCUGAUGAAGAUCAGUUCUUGGGGUUGUUGUGUGUGUUUGUUUAUUUUCCUUUUUCAUUUUGGAGCUGGCAGCCUGCCAAAUCUGAGAGAGAAAAGUCUGUUGAGGAAAUCCUUUAAUUGCUUGCCUGUGAAAAGAUGUUUUUGUUUAACAGGUUUGUCGUCAUUAUAAAACUUUUAAGCAAUGGCAUCUCUCAAGCAGCCUACUGAUAACCUUUACUAUGUCCAUAGCUCCUGCAAUGCCAGAGCCCUCCUGCAAAAUCUUAAGAUUCAGUAUAAGCUGUGCUCUGAGCUCUCCUGGGGAGACAUGGCCUUCCGCAGCUGGAAGCAGCUCCUCCUCUUGGGCAGGCAGGACACCUUUCCCAAGGCUUGGAGGAGCAGGAGGGGAGGAGGCCCCUCUCUGUGCUGGAAGCACUGCAGCCAUUGGAGUGCCGGCAAGUCUCUGGACCCUGAGGUUAGAGCAUUUUUGGAAGAGAACACAGAGGUCACCAGCAGUGGGCACCUCACACCAGAGAUACGACUGCGCCUCCUCACACCUCGUUGCAGGUUCUGGAAGGAAAAACCUGACCUGUGGCCUUAUGGGGACCCAUUCUGGGCAAUUUACUGGCCAGGAGGCCAAGCCCUCUCCAGGUACAUUUUAGAUAAUCCACGUGUUGUUAAAGGACGAUCGGUUUUGGAUCUUGGAAGUGGAUGUGGAGCAACAGCAAUAGCAGCUGUGAUGAGUGGUGCAUCGCAAGUCCUUGCUAAUGACAUUGACCCUAUUGCAGGAAUGGCAAUGAUCUUGAACUGUGAACUGAACCACCUGAAUCCCUUCCCCAUCGCCAUUAAGAACAUCAUAAACUCAGAGGCUGGCAACUGGGACCUCAUUGUUCUAGGAGAUAUGUUUUACGAUGAACAGCUUGCUGAUGGUCUGCAUCACUGGCUGAGGAAAUGCAUCAGGAUACAACGAACUGAAGUGCUGAUUGGUGACCCUGGCAGGCAUCAGUUUUUAAGCCACCGCAUUCGCAGUCAGUUGCACAAAGUCAUAGAAUAUUCGCUUCCUGAGUAUACUAGACAAGAGAACAAUGGAUUAACAUCAAGUAUCGUCUGGAGCUAUCAGCCCUCAGAUAGCUUGGAAGGUUGCUGAAGCUGGCUUUCUGAUGAAUUCUGUCUCAGUUGGCUGGCUUUUUUUUGUAAGUGUGUAAAAUGAAAAUGGGAAUUCAAAGUGAAACACAUCUGCUGAUGCAAAGUAGAUUACUGUACCUUCUCUGUAUUGAUUUUGGUCGUACUCACUGAGGCUUUCGCUCCAUUUGAGGUAAAAACUACAUGCAAACUGUAUUCAAAGGGGCCUGCUCUGAAGUGUAAAUCCAAAGAAAAGUACCAUGAAAGAGUUUGCAUGCUUGACGUUUUUCAUGUAUAUUUAUGUCUUGCUCUUUGACACUAUUGUGAAAUGCAUUGGACGUCCAGCAUAUUGCUGUGGGGAAAAGGUGGUGGCUGAAGUACUACUGCACUGCUUUCAUAGACUGCUGCAGCUUAUUUACAGUGAGAAUUAUUGCUGUCCUUCAUGAAACUCACCACUAAAGUAUUAGCUCAUACUGUGCUCAACUUAAAGUGCCUUGCUCUUUUUCUGGGUAUCUCUUCUGAAUGUCAAAGUAACUUAUUUGAAUCUUUCGCCCCUCCCCUCUAUAAUAAAAACUUUUCUCUUCCUUGAA